AGAAGAGGAAAAAAAACUGUCCAACCCCUCUGAAGAUUUCCUGUUUCAUGAAAAGUGCAUAUAGGGCAAGCCCUGCCUGGGUGCGUUUACUGUGCUUCCUCUGCGCGGAGCCGUGAAGACGUUUUGGUGGGGAAGCAACAGGCGGGCAGAAUAGAGUCCGCGGUGUCUGUCUGGAUAUUAACCCGCUGUCAAGGCUUCGGUAAAUUAAUGAGAAAGAGGGGAGUGUAUAGGCCGUUUCUAAAUGGAGCUACUUCGGUUUUCCGCUUUUUGGUGUGGAACGAUACUCUUUGGUAGUAUUUUGUUCGAGGAGGCGGAAGCCUCAAUAAUGCAGGUAAAACGGCUGUGCAAGUUCUGUGAUGUGCGGACAACCACCUGCACAGGUAAAGGGAGCUGCAAGGUGGAGUGUAACAUCACUUCCAUCUGCCCCGAUGAACAAGAUGUGUGCGUCAGUAUCUGGAGGAAGACAAAUGGCAACAUCACCUUUGAUACAGUCUGCCACAACCCCGCUCACGAACUGUAUGGCUUGACCCUGGAGGAUUACAACAACAGCAAGUGUGAGAUGAAGGAAAGAAAGGGCAUGGGCUCACAGUUCUUUAUCUGUUCCUGCUCAGAGGAUGAGUGCAAUGAGCAUGUCUUCUUUAACUCCUCCAUGGAUUCCCAGGUGGUGGCAGUCAUCUUAGUGAGCCUGGUGCCUCUGCUGGUAAUUGCUGUCAUCGUCAUCACUUCCUUCUACUGUUAUCGGGUCUACCGCCAGCGGCAAGCCAGCUCCAGACGCAAGAAGGGUCCUCCGCUGGAUUUCAGCGACGCUCACGCCAUCAUGAUAGACGAAGAAGGUUCAGACAGUAGCUCCACGCACGCCAACAACCUCAAUCACAACACAGAGCUGCUGCCCAUUGAACUGGAUGUUCAGGUUGGAAAAGGACGCUUUGCAGAAGUUUACAAAGCCAAGCUUAAGCAGGGCUCUUCAGUCAGCGAGGAGCAGGGCUUCGAGACGGUGGCUGUUAAGAUUUUCACGUAUGAGGAGUACGCCUCCUGGAAGAACGAGAAGGAAAUUUUCUCAGAUGCAGACUUGAGACAUGACAAUGUGCUCCACUUCCUGACAGCAGAGGAAAGGAAGCUGCAGAGACAGUGCUGGUUGAUCACAGCCUACCACCCGAGAGGGAACCUUCAAGAGUACUUGAUUCACCACAUCAUCAACUGGCACGACCUGUGGAUGCUGGGGGGUUCACUAGCACGUGGAGUGGCGCACCUUCACAGUGACCACACCACAUGCGGUCGCUACAAGGUGCCCAUCGCGCACAGGGACAUUAAGAGCUCCAACAUACUGGUGAAAGGCGACCUGACCUGCUGCCUGUGCGACUUUGGCCUCGCCCUCCGCCUUGACAACACUCUGUCUGUGGAUGAGCUGGCCAACAGUGGGCAGGUGGGCACAGCCAGGUACAUGGCCCCAGAGGUCCUGGAGUCCAGAAUCAACCUGGAAAACAUUGAAUCCUUCAAACAGGCCGAUGUUUAUUCCAUGGCUCUUGUGCUGUGGGAGAUGAUCUCCAGGUGUAACGCAAUUGGAGGUAAGAUUAGACACAGACACAUUAGAUUAACCACACGUGACUGUAGGAUGAAAAUUUUGUUUUGAUCACAGGCACGACUGUGCUCCAGGAGGUAGAUUACAAUCACAGAAUUUAGUAUUGCAGAAGAGCUGCUGUGAUGACACAGAGAGAGAAGGAGAAAUUACUUCAUGGUGGUGAGAGAGCACACAGACCAUAAGAUAUAAAAACCUAAUCAAAACAUUUUGCUUUCAUAAACUUAUAUCGAUGAAUAAGCACCAUCUAUAAAAUAUAUAUACAAUGUACUUGCACAUCCUCUGUUGUAUCAGAGUCAGUUUAACCCUUCAGCAUAGCAGAUGUGUGGAUAAGAAUUUGUGCUACCACGUCAGCUUGUCUCUCUUCAGAGAACACAGGGACAACUAGAGAACAACAGGACUGAUGACAGUCAAUAUUUGAGGCCAAGAAGGUUUUUAACGAUUCCUGUAAGACUGACUUUUUUAAGAAAUAGUUUGACAUUUUGGACAAUGCGCUUUCUUAGUUAGAUGAGAAGAUUGAUACCACUCUCAGACUGGAAACAGGAGGACAGAGUAAGUCUGACUCUGUCCAUAGGUAAUAAAAUCUGCCUACCAGCAACCAGCACAGACUCAAUAAAUCCAUUGCCUCCGGCUGGAAGAAAAAUAAUCUGGCAUAUAACCUCUAUAAAAGCACCACUUGCCAGACAGGCGUGAGAGUAUUGCAGAUUUUCUCCUCCAGUUCUCAAGAAAGCAAAUAAGCAUAUUUGCUAAAAUAUAUAACUAUUUCUUUAAUUGGUAUCCCGCAUGCUGCCCUCACUGCCCACCUCUGAAUGUUUUUUUUUGUGUGUGUGUGUGUGUUUAUCUUAAUAAGCUGUGUUUUAUGGACGCUUGCGUUAAACAUGAUGUUUUCUGACUGCCUGGCUGACAGCAUGGUGACCCCACUGCACACACAGUGAGCAUCCCUUGUGACCUUUGCUGCAGUUAAUAAUAGAAAUAACCACGCAAAUUAGAGAUCAGCCUGGGAUGCUUAGUGUAAAGGAAAUCAAUAGAGGCACUGAUUGAUGAAAUGCCCUGUGAGGCCUGUGUAAAUAUCCUCAGAAAUACUGUAAACAGAAGAAUUGUCUCCACAGCUGACUUGAACUCUAAGGAAUACUGAGACAUUGACAACUUUUCCAAUUAAGAGCGCAGUGACCAGCUCCACCUUGAGUUCACUUACUAGACAUAUGACACUGUGGAGCAGGACUUAUGUGUAAGCCGUCCGUGACCCAUUAAUCACUAUGGGGGGAAAAAAUCGGAAACUGUCAACCACACAAUUCAUCUUCUAGAAGUCUCAAGGAUCAGCCUUCACUUAACUAAUGUACCCUUACUAGUGUUUGUCAUUCUGCUGCAAAAACAAGGCCAGGAUAUGUGCAAAUAAUAGAAAUGAGUGAUUAUCUGAAGGCAGACCAGAGGGGGUAGUAUUUCACAUCGACACCAAGUCGUUUGUUUUCACUUCCCUGUAGUGUCUCUGUGGUCCAGCUUGUUUCUGGGACUGAUCCUGCCUCCAUUGUGUCAGAGCAGUGAUUGAAUGCUGGGUUUGGGCAUGAACGCUUCUACUUUGAUGUUUUCCUGUUUUGUCCCCUGAUCCUCUCGGGGGGGCUCCUUGAAGUUGCUUGAAGUUGAAGCUGCCCAAGAGUCCUCUCAAGAAAAAACAUGGCUGAGUGACCCACAGUCCCCCUUGCUUUUCCUUCCCAACAUCCAGAAUAUGUGUGCCUUGCGGGUACACCUUUUGAAAAGAAAAUAGACUAUUUCCUGUUUUGCAAUGAGCACAAGUCCCCAAGACGCAAUGUUCUCAGAGCAAUGUUGUAUGUAAGUAAGUGUGGAUGUCUCCUUUUAAUAUGAGGAUGUUUUGCAGCUAGUGUCUCAUGAGAGGAGACCAGACAGGAUACAUGUUGGUAGAGAUGGACUAAAUGAAUCCAGUCUCUCUGGAUAAAGGUUAGUGUGGCUUCACUUUGUUUCCUCUUGAGGGAUUUGAGGGACAACAGCUUUAUUCAUCCCACUCCAUCCUCCUUCAUCCAUUUCAUUCAUUCCUGAGUUUAUUUCUGAGUCUUUCAUUCCCUUACAUUGCGUUUAUUUAGAUGUCGACAAACAGACACACUGCACAGGACAGCAAAUGUUAUUUGAGACCCAGGUUAAACACUUUCCCCACUGACCUUGCACAGAAACUCUUUGUCAUUCUCUGUCUCUAAACUUUCAGCUCAGUUUAUCUGCCCCCUCUCUGUCAGUCUGUCUGUUUCUUCCUUCCCUCAGGCAGUUGAAGGAGCAGUUAAUUACUCUCCCACUGCACUGCAGCACUGUAGACAGCCAUCCAGCUUUUCUUACGCUGGCACAGACAGACAGGCAGCCCAGGCUAGUGUAGAUUUACUGGAGUGAGGGGAAAGAGAGAGGUUCCCAUCCCACCCCUGGACUAGAAUAGAGACUAUAGAUAGAAGCAGAUCGAAUGGGUUAUAUUUCUUUUUCUUUUACACAUA